CGCUAAUGGAAAUGGAAGUUAGCGGCGGCGGAGCUGGGAUAUAGGGAUUGUUGUUUCCAGCGGCGCUCCCUGGCUCUGCUCCACACCUCAUAAAUAAUGGCUCUCACCUCAUUUUAGCUACAAAAAGAAGCAAAAGCAAGCUGCCUGUGUCUGUCUUCAGCAAAUCUAAGGUGCCCUCUUGGAGAGGCAGAGCUGAGUACCCUGUUAUUAACUGGCAUUAUUGAGGAAAUACUCUCACUUUCUUUUUUUUUUUGGCUGCAAUAUUUUUUUGCCACGGUUGCGACAGCAUCUUGAUGGGGAAGCUGAUCUCCAAAGGCCAGCGCAAAAGAGAUGCUCGAGUCGUCAUGCUGGGGCUCGACUUUGCCGGCAAAUCCACCCUUCUCUACAAACUGAAGAGCGGCCGGGCUGUGGAGACCUGCCCGACGGUGGGCUUCAACGUGGAGUCCCUGAAAACACCCUGUCGCGUAUCCUUCAACCUCUGGGACGUCGGCGGACAAAGCAGCCUGCGGGCAAGCUGGGCCAGCUACCUGGAGGACACCAGCACCCUCAUCUUUGUGCUCGACAGCACGGACACGGCCCGGCUGCCUGAAGCAGCAGCAGCGCUGGAGGAAGUGCUGAGCCACCCCAGCAUGGCUGGUGUCCCCGUCCUCCUCCUGGCCAACAAGCAGGAGGUGCCGGGUGCGCUGGAUCCCACCGAGCUGGGGGAAAGGCUGCAGGGGGGGAGGCUGGUGGAGCGACGCUGGGUGCUCCAGGGGUGCAGUGCCCACACCGGGCAGGGCCUGCAGGAAGCCCUGGCUGUCCUGGGGGAGCUGCUGCGGGGUCUGGAGCAGAGCUCCCCGUCCCAAGAGCAGCCCCUCGCAGGGCCAGAGGGGAGGAGGCAAGCCCCAGGGCAAACCUGAACCACGAGCGGACCCUUCCCACUGGUUUGCUGCAGAGGAUCCCAGCGUCCAGGUGCCCCCUGAAAUGAGCACUGGGCACUAGCCGUGCUGAAAAACAGCCAGCCACCUGCCACUGAAACCCAGCAGGAAGACUUGUGAGCAAAACUCCCACCGUGGAGCGUUUUUGGCUCCAUCUCUUGGACUCUCAUCACCAGCCGCAGCUUGUCCCGCGUCCACCAGGCUCUGCUCACCCAUUGCGUGUGUGUCCAGCGCUUCAGGAGGGAUGCUUUUUGCCAGAGCAAUAUGAAUUAUACCAGAGAUGCACAUUUAUAUACAAUAUAAAUUAUACCAGAGAUGCACACACAGGACAGAGGGGGUUAUUUUCUUUCCACAGCUCCCAGCCCCGAUGCAGCUGUCCCAAUGGGGUGAUCGCCACAGCACGGAGGGGUUUGAACGUGCCCCAUUCUGCUUCUCGCUCAGCUGGAAUCACACUUUCAUCAGCUGGAAAAGCAGCAGCUGCUAAAAGGGAAUGGCUGAACUGGAGCAGCGUAAGCACAGGACUUCAAACAGCCGACAGCUAAUUGGUUUUAAUGCGGCAUCUACGGGUAUAGUCUUCAAGUCAUGGAUGUGAGUCAGGAUUGGAUGGCUUAAAGCCAUUCCGGGAUGUGUGUAUAUUUAUUUCUGAAUUUCUUGUUCUGGGUCUGUCUUUUCCGUUUGUUAUUUUCAUCAAAUAUUGAUUUCAUGAAAACAGUACCUCAUUUUCCAUGGAUUAUAUACAAAGGAAAGAAAUCUGACGUCUAGAUGCUUGGAAACAUGUCUGCACGGCCAGUCAACUUCUAAAUAUCCUCAUGGUGGGCUGAACAGCCAAGACGAAGCCCUGAUUCUCCAACUUUUUGAAACUGGAUGAGGCCACUCCACGGGCAAUGACUGGUAACCAUAGGCACCUGUGGGCACAGGCAGGUUGGUAACCAAAGGGGUCUCCACACCCAGCUGGGUCCAGGGCAGUCAAAAUGCCCCUGGUAGUUCACAACAGGGCUGGGUCCGUUGUUGCGGUGAUGGUCUCUGUCUGAUCCUGCUGAACCCACUGUUGGA